GCAAAAUUAUCACCCUGCACACUGACUUGCAUGCAAUUAUCAGAGCUCGGGUGCUCCUCCGUUGAGGGACUUCGCCCCUGAGACCGCUGACUCUCUGUGAAUGACAAAUCAAAAGUCAGGUUUGCAGAAUCAGCCGGACUUUCCUGCUCAUUUGCAGCACAGGGAGGAAAGAGAGAAUGAAAGAUUCUGAAAAUAAAGGUGCCUCAUCUCCAGACAUGGAGCCCAGCUACGGGGGAGGUCUCUUUGACAUGGUGAAAGGGGGUGCAGGGCGGCUCUUCAGUAACCUGAAGGACAACCUGAAAGAUACCCUCAAAGACACAUCUUCCAGGGUCAUACAGUCUGUUACGAGCUACACGAAGGGAGAUUUAGACUUCACUUAUGUUACCUCCAGAAUUAUUGUGAUGUCCUUUCCUCUGGACAGUGUUGACAUAGGAUUCAGGAAUCAGGUUGAUGACAUCCGAAGCUUUUUGGAUUCCAGACAUCUUGACCACUACACAGUGUACAAUCUGUCACCCAAGUCUUACCGCACUGCCAAGUUUCACAGCAGGGUCUCAGAAUGCAGUUGGCCCAUCAGGCAGGCCCCCAGUCUGCACAACCUUUUUGCUGUGUGUCGGAAUAUGUAUAAUUGGCUACUACAGAAUCCCAAAAACGUCUGUGUUGUCCACUGCUUGGAUGGACGGGCAGCAUCGUCAAUUCUGGUUGGUGCUAUGUUCAUUUUCUGUAAUCUCUACUCCACUCCUGGCCCGGCUGUGCGAUUGUUAUAUGCAAAGCGACCCGGAAUCGGACUGUCGCCAUCCCACAGGAGAUACCUGGGCUAUAUGUGUGACCUCCUAGCAGACAAACCCUACCGCCCUCACUUCAAGCCUCUCACCAUUAAGUCCAUCACUGUCAGUCCAGUUCCUUUUUUUAACAAACAGAGAAAUGGAUGUCGUCCUUACUGUGAUGUAUUGAUUGGAGAAACCAAAAUAUAUACAACCUGUGCAGAUUUUGAACGAAUGAAAGAAUACCGGGUCCAAGAUGGAAAAAUCUUCAUUCCCUUGAGCAUCACUGUACAAGGAGAUGUGGUUGUUUCUAUGUAUCAUUUGAGGUCAACCAUUGGGAGCCGGCUACAGGCUAAGGUGACCAACACCCAGAUAUUCCAGCUUCAGUUUCAUACUGGAUUCAUACCACUGGAAACCACAGUUUUAAAGUUCACCAAACCUGAGUUGGAUGCAUGUGAUGUACCAGAAAAAUAUCCUCAGCUAUUUCAGGUGACUCUGGAUGUAGAACUACAGCCCCACGACAAAGUGAUAGACUUAACCCCACCCUGGGAACAUUACUGCACAAAAGAUGUCAAUCCCAGCAUCCUCUUCUCGUCUCACCAGGAGCAUCAGGAUACUCUGGUCUUAGGAGGACAGGCUCCAAUAGACAUCCCUCCGGACAACCCCAGGCAUUUUGGGCAAGGUGGCUUCUUUUCCUCUCUCUGUUGGCAAGAUCAGAAAUCAGAAAAAUCAUUCUGUGAGGAGGACCAUGCUGCCCUAGUGAAUCCAGAAAGUGAGCAGUCGGACGAUGAACUUCUGACCCUUUCCAGUCCACACGGCAACACCAGUGGUGACAAACAUCAUGGAGCUAAAAAGCCCAGCAAAAAGCAGCAGGGGUCCACUGCUCCUCCACCCCCCGAGGAUGUGGACCUUCUGGGUCUAGAAGGGUCUGCAGUGAGUAAGAACUUCUCUCCGCCAGUGGCACCUCCCACCAAUUCUGAACUGCUGAGUGACCUGUUUGGGGGUGGAGGUGCAGCCGGGCCUGCCCAGGCUGGCCAGUCAGGGGUAGAAGACAUGUUUCAUCCAAGUGGACCUGCGUCCGCCCAGUCAACACCACGCCGAUCUGCCACCUCCACGUCCGCAUCUCCAACCCUAAGAGUGGGAGAAGGUGCCGCCUUUGACCCGUUUGGAGCACCUUCUAAACCAUCAGGUCAGGAUUUGCUGGGUUCUUUUCUGACCACGUCCAGUGCUUCCAGUGACCCCUUUCUUCAGCCUACAAGAAGUCCUUCACCUACAGUGCAUGCUUCUAGUACACCUGCUGUGAACAUUCAGCCAGAUGUUUCAGGAGGUUGGGAUUGGCAUACCAAACCAGGAAGUUUUGGAGUGGGAAGCAAGUCAGCUGCCACGAGCCCAACGGGAUCCUCACAUGGCACACCCACCCAUCAAAACAAACCACAGACUCUGGAUCCUUUUGCUGACCUUGGGACACUAGGUAGUUCUUCAUUUGCCAGCAAACCCACCACGCCAACUGGAUUGGGUGGAGGAUUUCCACCUCUCAGCUCGCCGCAGAAAGCAUCUCCCCAGCCCAUGGGGGGAGGGUGGCAGCAGGGAGGUGGCUAUGGCUGGCAGCAGACACAGUCGAAGCCACAGACCAGCAGCGUCCCCCACUCGUCUCCCCAGAACCGACCCAACUACAACGUGAGCUUCUCAGCCAUGCCUGGGGGGCCGAGCGAACGCGGGAAAGGAUCAGCUAAUUUGGAAGGGAAACAAAAAGCAGCUGACUUUGAAGACCUACUUUCUGGUCAAGGUUUCAAUGCACACAAAGACAAAAAGGGGCCUCGAACAAUAGCUGAGAUGAGAAAGGAGGAAAUGGCUAAGGAAAUGGAUCCUGAGAAAUUAAAGAUUCUGGAAUGGAUUGAAGGCAAAGAGAGAAAUAUCAGAGCACUUCUGUCCACGAUGCACACUGUGCUGUGGGCUGGGGAGACCAAGUGGAAACCAGUUGGUAUGGCAGACCUGGUAACACCUGAGCAGGUGAAAAAGGUGUACAGGAAGGCUGUGCUGGUGGUGCACCCAGAUAAAGCUACCGGGCAACCUUAUGAACAAUAUGCAAAGAUGAUUUUCAUGGAGCUCAAUGAUGCCUGGUCUGAAUUUGAAAAUCAAGGUCAAAAGCCCUUGUAUUAAUUUAUGAGCUUUUCCAUCCCUGCUGCAGACCUGUGCUAAUGCUUAGUGUGCGUCACAAUUCCGAAGUUUUCACAGGUGAACCAAAAACUCCAGUAAUAUGUAUCUAGUACUAAACUGUCAAAUUACUCAUGAAUUAAUUCCUCAUUGAUAAGGAAUGUGGAUGUUUGUUUCCUCAAGUCCCCACCAUAAAAAGUCCAAAGCAGGGGAGGAACUUUCAGUCAGAGGACCUUGUGGAGUUACAACAUUCCAGCCUGUCCUCUGGGGAGCUGACUCAGCAUUUUGUGGGGAAAUGGAAAACAGGUCGCCGAAGGCAUAACACCCAUCUCAUUGUCUGAGAACAGGAUUAAUGAGCAAAAGCUAUGAUAAUUGGAUUACAUGAUGGAUUUUAACUAAUGGUUUUUAGAUUUUCUUGGAAAGAUGUAAUUUGAGCCAUGGCUUUACAUAGAUUCUAGGAACACAACCACCGAGUAUUUUAUUUUUAUGGAAAUUUACAAUGGUCUUUAGCAUAAUACUGUAUACUUCUUUUGGUCAAGAGGACUGACUGAUGUAAAAGAACUUGAACUGUGGGAAGUGAUUGUAUUACAAUCCAGUGAUUGCCAGCUCUUCCUGGAUAAGCUAAAACUUAGUGGAAAUGCUGACUAAAGAAAACAGGGAGCUCUGUGGAGAUAGAAAUCUUUGUUCCUGGUCAGAAAGGUGGGCUGCUACCUUCCUCUCCCUUUAGAAAACUGUGGUUGCUUAAAGAAAAUGUCUUCAUGAUGUAAUUUCAACUCUAAACCUGAUUUGAAAGAAACAAUUUUGCCAUAAGCCUUCAUGCUCUUUCUUUUGCUUAGUCAAGAAAAUGUUCUUAGCUGGAAACAGGUUGCGAGGCAGUUUGGCACAGUCACAUUGUAUCAGGACCGACAUCUAGGAAGGAGUCCCUGUCCUCUAGGUUUGUGAGCAGUUGUGGUGAGAGCAUAGAAACCCCACACUGAACACGAGUAAUGAGGUAGGCGCAGCUGCGGCGGGAGAGCUGUGCUCACCUUCCCACUGAGUCAGGUGGCUUGUCAGGAUCCAGGCAAAUGGUUCCCCUCCCACCUGUUGAAACUGGAUCUCUUGGAUUAUUACAGUGGGGUUUAUUGUUUUCAAAGUAGCUGGAGGUCCACAGGAACAGCAUUCACACAGGGACAUCUGUAAAAGCCAAGCAAGAAGGAGACCUUUGCAGACUUCACACUGGUUGGAUUUCAGUCCAGUGUUUUGGCUGUUUCUCAUUUUGAGGGCUCAGCAGUUGCUAUCCCGUGACUUCAGGAAGUCUCUCUGGGUGUGCACAUACACGAUGUGCAUAGUAUAUAUAUGCAAAGCAGAUGGGCAAAAAGAUUUCCAUGCUAAUCUUAAAAGUUCAUGCUUAAUAUUGUGAAAA